UUAAAGUUUUCAGAUUGUUUUCCACAUGCAAACACACUUACAUUUGAAUUGAUUUUACUUUUCUUUGUUUCCAAUUUUUAUGUUGUAAUAUCAUGAUCAUGAAUGUGCUGGAUUUCGAGUCGUAUGAGGAGUACUUGGAUCACUUUAUCACCAUUAACGAUGUGCGUUAUCUUCGCAACUUGAAUGUCAGCAGGACUUUCAUAAAAAACGCCUGUGGCAAAAACUGUAUGGGACGCUUGCUGAGUCGCAAUGAGUUCACGGACCAGCGCAAGAAAUUGGACAAUAUUAUGCACCCAAGGGCCAUCAGCGAAGAUACGCUGUUCGGUCAAGGCUACAAUGGCAACGAUCAUGUGCUGCAGCAGUUCGCCAAACGGGAGCUUUCACUGCUCAGCAAACAGUUGGCGACCAUUAUCUUUCUCUUGAUGCGUUCGAAGAAGGGCCUCGAAGUGUCGGGGUUUAUUGACUUGGAGCAGACUUUUAGAGAGUCACGCUUUAAAAUGUCACAGCACUAUGUCAAUUGGCCCGCCAUAUUCGAGGGCAAAGCCAAGCUAAUGCCACAAACGCAUCACCUGAGUUUCUUUGAUUGGAACAAGAAUCGAAUACUCAUCAACGACAGUGACAACUUUCAGGUGUUUGCGGAGGGAGCGCACAGUUUGCUGAUGAUGCAUCGCGGUGAUCACAAGAUCCUCUGUGUCAAUGCCGGUUGCCAUUGCAACCACACGAGAAAUGUUACGCGCAGCACAUUCACCUCCAGCAUUUAUGGUCAAUGCAUUUUCUUCGAUCAUGUUGUCAGACGCUUCAAUUAGCCGGGUUUACGCGAUGGCUGUCAUGACAGUCAUGCGGCUUUAAGUUGUCAUAAUUAUAAAGGGGAAUAUAUGACAUGGUGAUUAUUUACUCCA